UGUCUCCGAUUGUUUCAAUACAACGUGUAAAAGUAUAGACAUGAGUUGGGAAGAAAGAAAUUGUAAUAUUAAUUCUACAAUCGAUAAUUCUAACACUACUUGUAAUGAAAGUGUGAAGUUUACGAAACCACUAAAUGGCUGUGAUUGCAAAAAUCAUAAUGAUGAAACUACAUAUAAUGUCAAUAAAGAUUUAAAAUCCGAAAGUAAACUACAAAUUCAAAUCAAAGCAAAAGGACAUUAUAAAAAUAGUUUACGUAGAAGACGGUCUGCACCAGCUCUCUAUGAAUACGUUACAAGUCACGAUCUUGGCCAAAAUAACCGCAAAGAAGUAAAAGACCUGGUCACACAACCUCAUUUAUCAGAUCCUAAUAUACAUGCAUUGAAAGAUAACCGACCAGUAGUAAAUAAACCUCAAGAAUUCUCUAAAUCGAACCAAUUUGGAGACAAUUUUAAAGAUAUAAAUGACAAGGAAUCUUCUAGAAAUUAUAAUCAAAAACGUCUUGAAAAUCCAAAUGUUGAUACGUUAGAGGAAAUCGAUAAAAGUACUGAAAACAUAUACACUACUCCACAAACAAGUGAUGCCCAUACAGAUAAACUAAUAAAAGAAGAUUCACAUGAAGUGCCACUUAUUGGUUCUUAUGGUAAGAGUCAAGACAGUGAGGAAAUAAAUCCGACACAACAAAGAAACACCAAAAAAUCAUAUGUUGAUACACCUUCAAAAGAAAAUAGUCAAGCAAGCAAUGAAGAUACAUACUCCAUUGAACAAAACGAUAAUGGAAAUGAAUAUACACCACUGAGUUCAGAAUCGAUUCCUCGAUCUGAAUCUAGUUCUGAAGAAACACCAAGCAAACCCUACAGUUUCGAAGACCAAACAGAUACAAAAUCAACAAAACCAAAAAUAAAUAAUAACAGUAACGAGAGUUUUGAAAAAGAAACUGAAUAUAAGGACAAUAAGCUACGUAGUGUUCCUUUCAGUCAAUCUAGUAACAUUCCAUACGGUGAUUACCAACAGAUUGAUACAAAAAACAUUAGUGAAAAUGAUUAUGCGAAUGAUAAAGCAAAUGGAGAUAAUAUAACUUCAAUUGAAAGUAACGAAAAUUUUAAACAUAAUAACAGCGAAGAACUAAUAGCGACCGGAUUGUCCUCAGAGAUACUAAGCAAAGAAAAUUCUGAUGAGGCUCAAGAACUUGUAAGUAUUAAAGAUGAAGAAGUUAGACCAGUUAUCGAGCUUAACAUCGAAGACACAAGUGAAGAAUCAAGCGAAAAGGCUUCCAAUAAAUUGAUUGAUUAUAAAGCAGACUCUACCACAAAAUCAUCUUCAGAAGAACAAGAUAAGUCAAAUUUGAAACAACAAUUUGAAAGAAUUCCUCUAGACUAUAAACACGACGAAGUAGAAAAGAAUAAAACAGAAAACACACCGGAAGUUACAGAGGUUCCCAUUAAUGUAAACACAGAAGGGGUAGAAAUAAUAACAAAAGCUCCUUCAACAAAUGAAGAGUUUGAUAAAGAACUUAAUAUUAAGUUCGGUGAUGUUUCCAUCAAAUUACCUGACAUAAAGCUGCCUGAUGAUAUUUUGGCUUACAAUUAUGAAGAACCCAGCUAUUCAGGAAUUCCCUCAUAUACGUAUAAUGAUCAUGAUAACCACAAACCUUACAAGCGGAAACAUAAGGAUGAUGAAAAGGAUAAUUAUUAUGUAUAUGAUAAAGAUAUAGGAACACCUAAAGAGCGUGAUUCGUAUAAACAAAAAGGUAAGCAGGAAACUGAAGAUGAGGAGGAUGAAGAUGAAGAUUUGUAUGAAAAAUUUGUGCGUGAAAGGUUUGGUAGAACGACAACUGAACAUCCAAAAAAUUCAAAGUAUAUUGUACCCAAUCCAGAACUAUAUAAAACCAUAAAAAAUGUGCUUAAAAAGACUGAAAAAAUACAAGAAGAAGCAGAAAAAAGCAAAGAUCCCAAUGCCGGGUAUGCAUGGGCUUUAGAAUAUGGUCAUAAUCUGUAAGUUACAUUAAUGAGUUAAUUUUAUUUAUUUUAUUUACGUAAACGUCACUUAAUAUUAAGAAAUACAAUAAUUAAUGUUUUACGAAGCAGCAUCGAAAGCAGUUAGUAGGUAUAAUAUGUAUCCUAUGCUUGGUUAUAAAUUUAUAAAUGUAUUUUAAAAUAAAAUUAAAAGGUAUUAAAGAACUGAUUGAAUAAAUUAAUAAAAACAA